UUAUAUCUUAGUAUUUAGGAACGUGGCACUCAAGUAUUACUCUAUAGCUUGUGUCAAGAUGAUGAUGAUUUGCUGUAUAUAAUUCACACUUGCAUUAUUCCAUAAUGUGUCGUAAAGAAACGUGGUUUCUCUUGGUUUUGUUUCAUUUGAAUGUAGAGGGAAAUGCACAGCUGAUUGGAGAAGAAAAGAAAUAUGUAUUUCUUGAACAAGCCGUAUUAGAGCGAGUGAGGCCUGCAGUACUAGAAAUGAUGGAUAAUCUAGAAACAAGAAUAGGGCGCCUGGAAGAGGAAAACAGACGGAUUUUAUCAGAGUUAAAAUCGAUAAAAGAUGCAAAGUCUUCAUCAGGAGAGGCAAUGAACGGAUGUCCCAUACAGAGUAACUGUGCUGUCAGUGGACUCGAAUGUCCAAGAUUUUACAUGGAUCCAACAACUCUCUAUAGUGCAGCCUUGUCCAGGGACAAACUUACAUUAUCUAACAGACAGCUGGAGAACACCUAUGACUGGCCAACAGGAACAGAUCCGACCCGAGUGUACCAAGGGGUCACGGGAUCCAGACCGAUUACAAAUUCGCAAAAGAUGUACUUCGAGACUGAUAUCUUUUACCAAAUAGAAGAGAAGUUAACGGCAACCAAUCUGGUUUUCGAGGUUGCAUUUGCAACAGAAAACGCGAUUGGUGAAAGUUACUAUGUAGGUAAACAAAAGGAGGCGUGGUCCGUUAAUGCUCAUAAUAAUGGAAGUACACAAGGUGUCACUCUCUUCUUCAAAAGUAAUGGAGGUUCUAUAAAGUACAGUGAGAGGCUAAGUGACGCCACUUCCGGUACAGAGAAAAACUUGACACUUGGCUUUUUCCUGAACAUUAUUGAUAAAAGUAUCACUGUGUUUGAUAUAAAAAAGAGCAAGACGAUAUAUACAUUCACAGAGGUGGACAGAUUAGCUGGACUGUGGCCAGUAUUUGGUGUUUAUCAAGCUAGAAAAACGUACGUGCGCAUUCGAUUGAACACUCAAAGGGACAUAAUCAGCGCACCGUGUGGGCUAUUCUAAAAGUAAAAUAAGGUUUCCAACUGCCAUUGUUAAAAAAAUAAGAAAGUGGAGUUUUUGUUAAAGCUUGUUUCAGAAAUAUAGUAAUUUGUUUCAAUAAAGUGACUAUACAAGCGAUUAAGUGAUAACAGUUUAAAAA